CAUUAUUCAAGUAUUACCCAAAUUGUACAAAAGAUAUAUAUUUGAAUUCAAGACAAACAUUGUCAUCAUUCAACAACGAUGCGAGCCAUUAUUUUCAUCAACCUGUUUAUUGUGAUGAUGAUUGCAUUUGGAUCAUCAUCAUGUGAUAAUGUUAAUUAUUAUCAAUCGCGGCCAUUAAUGAUGCCGCCACCUGACUAUGAUGACCAUAAUAGACCAAUAAUUGGAAAUCCAUUCACUAAAUGGAAACAAGCAAUACGUACUCUUUAUCAUAAACUUGGUGGUUCACCAAAAAUCAUAAAAUUCAUACAAUGUUUGGGAAAACAAUUUUUUCAAGAAUGUGGUCAACACAUUAUGACUUGUUGUACUACAGUUAAUACAGUUGAAUGUAUGAAUAUGUUACCAUGUGGUGGUCAAGUCGUAAAAACUUGUUGGCAAUUACAACAACCACAACAACAACAACAACAUCAGCAAAAAUUGGGAUAUUAUGGACAAUCAGAUUAUAAUUAUGAUGAUUCUGAUUAUUAUUAUUAA